AUGUCUCGCCAAAUAUUCAGUUUCCAAAAGCUCUACGCAAUGUUUUACAGACAGAAAUAUCACUGGUCGAGCUCUUCCAAUAAGGAUAAUAAUAAUGUCAAAAACAGCUCUGUUCUCAAAGCUUACCACAAUCAUAACAACGUUUUCUUUAAACAAAAAGCUCUCCACCCUGGUCAGGAAUUCACACUCCAAUUUCCCGAAUCUAAGUGCAAUGCCAAAUUCCUGCGACGCGAGGUGGCCAACGCCAUACCCUUUUCGAGCAACAAGCUACCUGAGAUUCUCGAAGAGUUUGGCAUCAAACCCGAAUCCGUUGAAGCCGAAACAGUCGAAAGAACUCUUCUGAUGUGCGACGAAUCGGCCAUCGAAGGCGAGACUAAGCUGUGCGCAACAUCUCCCGAAGCACUGAUCGAUUUUGGUGUGUCGAUUCUGGGAAAGAAUGUGGGAGUUUACGCCUCGGAAGUGGACAAGGUUAGUAAUAAGGUGGAGAAGUAUACGAUCGUGAAGUCGAAGAAUGGAGUGAAAAAGAUAGCAGACAAGGGUGUUGUGUGCCACAAACAAAACUAUUUGUAUGGAUUAUUUUACUGCCAUGACAUCGGGUCGACCAAGGCUUUUUUGGUUUCGCUUGUGGGUUCCAACGAGAGCAGAGUUAGUAAAGCCGUCGCCCUUUGCCAUUAUGACACAAGGUUUUGGAACCCUCGUCAUAUUGCUUUUCAGAUUCUUAAUGUCAAGCCUGGAACUGUUCCCAUUUGCCAUUUUCUGCCUAAAGGCCACAUCGUUUGGGUUCCUAAUACUAGUAUAUAA